UCUCUCUACUCUACACAGAAUACCACCCAUCAAUUGGCCCAUUCAAUCCAAUCCAAUUUCCAGCGCAAUGCCACCCGCGCUGCACCCCCCACAGGCUCUCCUCAAUUGCCCGCAUUCCCAACUCACCACGACCAUCGCAUCUCGCCUCAUCCACCACAACUACACCCUCCUCUCAACACGCUCCUACGCCUCACACUCCAAAUCCAACACCAACACCAAAUCCCACACGCGCCCCUCCUCCGCCGCACAACCCACCACCACUACCCCCCAAACAUCAACAGCAUCAACAUCCACAACAAUCCUCACCACUCUAAACCCACCCCCGAGCACCCGACCCGCCUCCCUCGCCCUCCCACCCACCCCCUCCCCAAACACCUCUCUCCCCCCAUCCUCCAAACUAAAACGCUACAUCACCAUCGGCCGCGCAUACCUCACCUUCUACAAAACGGGUCUGAAAAACGUCUACCACAACUACCGCGCCGCGAUCCCCCUCCGACGGACCCUGAACCUAUCACCCUAUAUCCCGAGCUCUAUACCACCACUGUCACCACCAGCUACCAAGAAUGCCAGCAGCAGCAGCAGCAGCACUCCAUUCUACAAGACCUUACAAACGAACGACCUCCACCGCUCACACUUCCAACUCCUCCGACGCUCCGCGCACGACAUCCGCCGCAUGAUCCCCUUCUCGCUCAUCCUGGUCAUCUGCGGAGAACUCACGCCCCUGGCUGUGCUUGCGCUGGGGAAUGCGAUUACGCCGCUGACGUGUCGGAUUCCGCGACAGCUGGAGAAAGAGCGGGAGAAGAGGGCGCGGGCGAAGCGGGAGGCGUUGGUUGUUGGGACGGGGUCGGUGACGCCGCCUGGGGUUGGGUCUGUGGAGGAGAUGGGGGUGUUGAAGCGGAUGGUGGAUAGGAGUUGGAUUGAGGGUGCGGGGGCUGGGGAGGUGAUGCGGGCUUGUGCGGUGUUGGGGUUGGCGAGGUCGUAUGAGAGACCGGGGUGGUUGGUCCGGGUGGUGUAUCGGGGGAGGUUGAGACGGUAUGCGGAGUAUUUGGCGUGUGAUGAUGAGUUGAUUCGGAGGGGUGGGGGCGUGGCUGGGAUGGAGGCGGAGGAGGUGCGCAUUGCGGUGGAGGAGAGGGGUGGUGUGGGGGUUGGUGUUGGGGGGGUGAGGGAGGGUUGGGAGGCUGAGAGGGAGGAGAGGAGGUGGUUGGAGAGGUGGAUUUCUGGGAAUUAG